AUUUUUCAUAAAUGGUUAUGGUCUAUUCUAUGUUAAUGAUAAUCAUUAGUCUUUUUGUCAACUAUGUUUUUUUUUCCAACAAAUUUAGUAUGUAAACUUUUUUUUACUACCGUUUUAUUAAAUCGACGGUUGAUCAGAUCAACUCCGGUAUAACACAACAUAAGUUUCGUUAUCAAAACAAAAACAAAAACAGAUUUUUUUUUGUCAACUACCAGUGAAGAUUAGUCUUACGUGUCAAGAAACCGGAUAAAAAUAUAUAACGUAUUUGGGCAAUCAGCUAAGAUAUUAACUAACGCGGAGUUCAUUAUUAAAAUGGAGUAAUGAUGUUUUCAGUUUUCUAUAUAAAUCACGUCGAGACCGUAGAGUCUUACACAACAAUCCUUCUUACAUUUCUACCAACAAAACACAAAACACAAACAUAGCAUUCAAAACUUUGAAAAAUGGCACCAGCUCCUAGUCCAAUCAAUUCUCAACACGUGGCGGUGAUCGGAGCCGGAGCAGCCGGUUUAGUAGCAGCCAGAGAGCUUCGUCGUGAAGGUCACACCGUCGUUGUCCUUGACCGAGAGAAACAAGUAGGUGGUCUUUGGGUUUACACACCUGAAACCGAGUCCGACGAGCUUGGUCUUGACCCGACCCGACCCAUAGUCCACUCGAGCGUCUACAAGUCUCUCCGAACCAAUCUCCCUAGAGAAUGUAUGGGUUACAAGGAUUUCCCUUUCGUGCCACGUGGCGAUGAUCCGUCAAGAGACUCUAGAAGGUAUCCGAGUCACAGGGAAGUUCUUGCGUACCUUCAAGACUUUGCUACAGAGUUUAACAUAGAGGAGAUGAUCCGGUUCGAGACUGAGGUUCUUCGUGUUGAACCGGUUAAUGGUAAAUGGAGGGUCCAGUCUAAAACCGGCGGCGGUUUUUCCAACGAUGAGAUCUAUGACGCCGUUGUAAUGUGUUGUGGACAUUUCGCAGAACCAAACAUCGCUCAAAUUCCUGGAAUUGAGUCAUGGCCGGGGAGGCAAACACACAGCCACAGUUAUCGAGUUCCUGAUCCAUUCAAAGAUGAGGUGGUGGUAGUAAUCGGGAAUUUUGCGAGUGGAGCCGAUAUCAGUAGAGACAUAUCUAAAGUCGCAAAAGAAGUUCAUAUCGCAUCUAGAGCAAGUAAAUCCAACACUUUCGAAAAACGUCCUGUACCUAAUAACAAUCUCUGGAUGCACUCUGAGAUAGACACCGCCCACGAGGAUGGUACCAUUGUUUUUAAAAAUGGGAAGGUGGUACAUGCUGAUACCAUUGUCCAUUGUACCGGGUACAAGUAUUACUUUCCAUUUCUUGAGACCAAUAAUUAUAUGAGAGUUGAUGACAAUCGCGUUGAACCUCUCUACAAGCAUAUUUUUCCACCUGCGCUAGCUCCCGGACUUUCUUUCAUUGGUUUACCUGCAAUGGGUCUACAAUUCUAUAUGUUUGAAGUCCAAAGCAAAUGGGUUGCUGCAGUCUUGUCUGGACGAGUUACACUUCCUUCGGUAGAUGAAAUGAUGGACGAUCUUAAGUUGUCGUAUGAAACACAAGAAGCGUUAGGUAUUCCCAAAAGAUAUACACAUAAGUUGGGUAAAUCUCAGUGUGAGUACCUCGAUUGGAUCGCAGACCUGUGUGGAUUCCCACAUGUUGAACAUUGGAGAGAUCAAGAAGUAACUCGCGGUUACCAGAGACUUGGUAAUCAACCAGAAACUUUCCGUGAUGAAUGGGAUGAUGAUGAUCUCAUGGAAGAAGCAUACGAAGAUUUUGCUAGACUAAAUCUGAUCAAUUUUCAUCCUUCUCGUUUUCUCGAAUCCGGAAGAUGAAGUUUGACUACGAUUGUAAUUGUGUCUACUUGUUUGGAUUUAAAGUACAUUGCAUUAUAAAAAUAAUGUGUGAGUAAAUAGUUUAUAAGAGUGUGAAGGUCUUCUUGGCUAGGGUUACAUGUUGUUCGAUCUCCGGAAUUAGCUUCAUGGUGUCUAGAAACUUUUGUUUUUUAGACCAAUAUGUUAAGAAUAAAAGUAUGUAGUUAAUUCCCGUAAGUUUUUAUGAAUCCCUGGUUCAUUGUGCAAAUGUUUUUUUUUUUGUUAUUGUUCUGUUAAUAUCAAAGAGUGUCCUUAAAUGUAUGCAUAAUUCCCUCUUUUUGGCUUUUUGAUUCUUUUAUUGGAAGCAUAUAAGUUAGCCAAUUGACUUUUUCUUACAAUAAGAAUUUGACCGU